AUGUUCCAGUUUAUAAGUCCAGUAGAACAAAGUUGGUCCAAUUGGACAGUUGUAUCAUCUCUUGAAGGCGUCAUCCUUCAUUAUAGUCAUCUUGUGGUAACGACUUGUUACUGGUACCAGUAUGUUGAUCAGUGGUGUAUGCGACACUAUUCUGAAAAAACUCCAAGACAUUCUAACUGUGACGAUCCGGUUAACCA